AUGUCCGCCACUAAUGAAGUGAACGAUUCGCAUGUUCGUCUCAAUGACUUUUGCAACGUUGUGGAGGCAGUUGAUCAAUCUUCAUUCUCAUCCGACGGCGAGGGGAUUAAGGCGCUGGCAGCAGCGUACCGCUUGAUUAGCCGCUUGGAGACCCCGUGGGAUACUGUGGCUCGUCUCUGCAUGACUGAGGAGCCCGCGUUGUUUGCAAGUCUGAAGAUAGCUCGAGACCUCCAACUGUUUGAGGAAUGGCAUCGGGUAAAGGAGGACGCUGUAUGCUCGGACGUGGAGUUGGCUGAUCUGGUCAGUUGUGAUGCAUUUCUGCUUCGACGAGUACUUGCGCACCUCGCCGCGACGAAUAUGCUCGAGAACCCCGCCGAUGGACAGUACAAACCGACCGCGUUCACCAAGGCCCUUCUCCAACCUGUUUUUGGAGAAUGGAUCAAUUACCUGUCAGUGAUAAAAUACAGUGGGAUGGCCGCAAGUGGCCUCAAAACAGUGCUGACAGUUCACUAG